ACGCGUGUGUGCCGCGACUUCGUUCUCGCCUCUCCCGAGCGGUCUCGUUCCGUCAUGACGGAGCUGUCAGGCCCGCUCUCGAGCCGGUUGUCCGACCGCGAGUGAGACCGAGGAACGGUCUCGGUCGCCGUUCGUUACGCGGAGCCGUGCCCGAAGGUACAGAAGGUAUAGAUUGCACCCGGAAAGUCAGGAAGUAUGCAAAUCGCAACGCGAACAAUCGGUUUGAUGUGGAGAGCACAACGUGCUUCGUUAAUUGGAUACGACACCUACGUGUACAUCCGAUACCCACAAACCAUACCGGUGAAACCGUACAACCGUGACUGGGAGAAAACUUUGGGACGAUAAGAGGUGCCGCGGACUUUCUUCUACAUUUCUACGUUGCUUUGAAAACUUAAACACAUGUACUGAUGGACACGCGAGUGGUCGGUUCGAAGAGGAAUCGAUGUGUUUUGUUCAUGUGACAUCUACGCGAAAUGUGAAAUAAUUUUUACGGAUUCUACGAUAUCUCGAGGAAGACGUGUACACUUGAAGGAGUGCGACACUAUUCCUUCAGUCAUAAAUAUUGGAGCUUACGGCAGAAAAGUCAUAACGAGAAGUUCCUCGGUUUAUUAGGGAAAGUAAUUUUCAUUCUAUUUCAACGAGUUCGAUACAUGUGUCAAGAUUGACAAUUAGCUCAGUUAGAAACUGACUACGAUUAACAGUUUGCAGCAUUUGUGCAAUAAAAAUACCGUUUGUGUGUAAAGUUUAGACAAACUUACAUAUAAUUAUAGUUACAACUUUUGGAGGAAAGUUUCGAUACGUUUAUACGAUUUCGAUGUGUUUUCGUAAAAAAAAAAUUCUAAUACCGUACUACACUGUCUUCUGUCACGUGUCGAGAGUCAGCUGGUUUCGCCGCUCGAAAAUCGGAAGUGAUCGCGUGAGGGGCCACAUCGUUUGAUUUACGGCGAAGAUCGAGGAAUCCCCUCCCCUGGACCGACUGGACAUUUAAAAAACUAGCCUCGCGAAAACAGAUGAAGGACCGGAUGAUCAGGCGCCGCGAUUCACAGCAUGGACAAGCCGAAAGCUGUGAACCGCGUGAAAGAGUUCAUCGAUCCUCCCGGAUACAGAUGUGUGUAUGUGUGUGUGUGUGCGUGCGUGCGUGAGCGUGUUCGCAGCUUUUGCGCGACGUAAAUCCACGAUUGGUACCGCGCGCUCCUGAUAACGAGAUAACGCGCUUCCGGCCGAGCGAGCUCGAUACAUAACGUAACUUGAUCGAUCGUUUGGAGAGAUUCUCAAACAGGGAGAACGACCAUUCUCGGAAACGGAAAAUUGCGGGGCGAUCCAACAGUGGGCCGAUCGAUCGGCUCGUGAGGGAGAGAUUUUAAGGGGGUGGUGACUCAUUCGUCGCGCGGGACGCGUCAGAAGACGCGAUCGUCCGACACUCGAAGAUAAUCCGGGACCACGGGGGAAGGGGAAGGAAGUGCGAUCGAUAACGCGUGCGAUACGUGAUCAUUGUAUCUGCUGCUACUCGGAAAAAAAAAACUGUCGUGCUAAAAAAUCGAAUUAUCGUCGAAUUCCUGGAGAAUAUCGUGGCAAACCGACGACGGCCUGCUAUCUAGCGCGGCAUAUCUGCAACGUGUGUGACGUUAGGAUCUCAAUGGGAAGACAAGCAGAGAAUUGGGCGAGAAGUUCUUUUUAAAAAAUCGAAACUUCUCUCGUGAAACUGAGAGGUCCCGCGGUCAAGUUGGAAGAGGGUUUGUCGAAAUUAAUGAGAAAGUUAAUUGUCGUUAGGUUCUCUCGUUGGCACUAGAGAAAGGAGGAAAACGAGAGCACGCAACGGAAGCUGUGAAAAACUUUUUUUUUCUUUGCAAAAAGACAGAGAUACGUAAGUGGAGAACAUAUUGAAGUAACCCGAGAUUUCGUUAUCAAGUCCGUCCGAUUAAAGUUGCACAUAGAUCUCACAAGUAUCAAGUGUCGCGUCGAGUGUCGCGCUGCAUUAAACAUCGAGCCCGACGAUCGGCAAGAUUGAAGAGACCGGUAGGUGCGGGAAAACUGGCUGCUCCCGCGGACGAUACACGCUUGUUAGUCGUUAAUGAGGUUACGAGGCCGAAGAUGCGGACGACAACGCCGACGACGGAGACGGCACGAUCUCGGUGCGCACGGUGAGAGGACGUGAGAUGCCGAUUCCUCCCCCCGUUCGCUGCCGUUCGCGAAAAUAGUGCGAACUGUAUCAACGAUGGAUCUCAGCACGACGCCGAGAAGGGCGGCCACGGACGGCGUCGGUGAUCUGCAGAAGACCAGAGUGGCGAAGAGCGUCUUCAGCAUCCGCAGCCUCGUCGACGUCGAGGAAACGGAGCUCCCCGCGCAGGAUAACGAGUUCGCGCCAAAUCAUUCGUCGCGAGGAGGCAGCGAGCAGGCCGUCCCGCAGACGAGUCCUGCGAGCAGUACGAGCAACUCGAGCCAGGUGACUCAGGUGAGCCAGCAGGUGAGCCAGCAGCCUCACUCGCAUCAACAACAAUCGGCGCCAGCGUCAACGACGACAACGACGACGACGACAACGACGACAACACCUCAAUCCACCCAAAUGGGCAUCUCUACCGAGGAGGUAAGGCCCGAGGAAGAGGGCACGCACCCACGAGCGGCGCCAACCAGCCCCGAGAGCGAAGCGGAGGCCGACGACUUUGCGCCUAAGAGAAAGCAGCGUCGCUAUAGAACGACCUUUACUAGCUUCCAGUUGGAGGAACUUGAAAAGGCCUUCUCCAGGACGCAUUAUCCGGACGUGUUUACGAGGGAGGAGCUCGCCAUGAAGAUCGGCCUGACGGAGGCACGGAUACAGGUCUGGUUCCAGAACCGGCGGGCCAAGUGGCGCAAACAGGAGAAGGUCGGGCCCCAGGCGCAUCCGUACACUCCGUACCCACCACCGUCGGCGGUCGUGGCGCCGACCUUGCCGAACCCCUUCACGCACCUGGCCAAUUUCCCUCACAGGAAGCCCUUCGACGUCUUUCGCUAUCCGCCGCUGGGUCACGGCCCGGUCCUCCCCGGUAGUUACGCUCAUCCCUUUCAUCGGGCACCGCCACCGCUGCUGCCGCACGGGAUGCCCCUGCCGUACACGUCCGCCGCCUCCUUCCAAAAUUUACUGGCGAACAUAUCGGCGGCGCAGCGGCCGAAGCUGGUGCGCGACUCGCCACCCCCGCCCCCGCCACCUGCAUCUGCGAUCGCUCUGUCGCAUCCCCCGGUGGCACCACCGCCCCCGCCGCCGCCGACAGCCACCUCGCCGCAGAGCUCGCCUACGGGUAGCGUCGGACUCCCGGACAUCGACAGGAGAACCAACAGUAUCGCCUCGCUGAGACUCAAGGCCCGCGAGUACGAGAUGCAUCUGGAGAUGUUACGUAAGAGUGGCGAUCUCAUAAGUUGAAACGUUGCCGGUCAAGUGCAGGCAGACAACGAACGCGAGUCUGUCCUGAAUCGGUUCGGACGGUCAUAGAUUUUCUGCAUUCGGAGGAUAGCGGCAGGCAGGUUGAAAAACAAGUGGUUGGACUCGUGAAGUUCUCAGACACACUUGAAUCAGCGUUUGCCCAAUGUGACGCGAAAUCUCAACAAGGUAUCAUAUCAAAAUAUUUAGUCGAACAUCACACGCAACAAGCUCAGUGAAUGCGAUGUUCAAUUAUAUUUUAGCUGGCGACUUUAGAUCGUGUAAAACGCCACAUUGGUCAGACUGUGAUUCGAGUUCAGUUGAUCGGUCCGCUUUUGAUAAUCGCGACGAACGUAGGAAAAUGUGUGAUCGAUUUUCGUGACAAACAAACUGUGUGUAGCGUGAGUGCUAGUACAUUUGUUAAAGGGAGUAGAUUUUGUAGUAUAGGGAUAACGUGAAAGGUAUGUGAUAAGUUCCGUUUUCCGUCAAAAGUUUAUAUCUAUUACCGAACCAACGAUUUUCUAAUGUGUUUAUUACCAAUACGCUUUACGCGAUGGAAAGUAUUUCAAGAAAAUUGGUGGUAUAGAUGAUUAAACAAUAGUCUCCAGCGUCGCAAUUUGUGUAUCAUUUUUCUAUCCAUGCAAUAGAAACUAAAAUUACUAUAUUUUACAAUGUAUUCCAGCUAUCGAUUGUUAUUAACAUUCCACAUGUCGAUCUUUAAUUGCAAUCUUUUUGAUUUCAUGCUAAUCAUAUCAACUGAUGAAAUGAUUUGAUUUGAUCAUAAUUAAUUUAAUUUAAAGAUUUAUUGUCCUUUUUUUAUUAAUAGUUUAAUGUGGAAAUAUAAUUAGUAAUGAA